AUGGGAAUGCCUGCGGUUCCAAACCGUGAGGACAUCAAAGCAACAUGGAAGUACCUGGAGGAUGGCAUCACCCGCAUCAUGAACGACCUCGAACAGGGCAUGGACAUGCAAAUGUACAUGGGAGUCUAUACCGCCGUCCACAACUUCUGUACCUCGCAGAAAGCCGUCGGCCUUAGCGGCCCUACCAUGACUACAAGUCAUCGCGGAGCUCACUUGUUGGGUGAAGAUCUCUACAACCACUUGAUUAAAUACCUCCAGCGUCAUUUAGCGGACCUCGUCCAGGCAUCCAAAUCCCACACAGACGAGGCUUUGCUAGCCUACUACAUCAAAGAAUGGAACCGAUACACCGUCGCUGCCAAAUACAUCCAUCACCUGUUUCAGUAUCUUAAUAGGCACUGGGUCAAGCGGGAAAUCGACGAAGGCAAGAAGAACAUAUACGAUGUCUAUACUCUACACCUCGUCCAAUGGCGCAAAGUGCUGUUCGAGCAGGUCUCAGAAAAGGUCAUGGACGCCGUUCUAAAGCUUGUGGAGAAACAGAGAAACGGCGAGACCAUCGAGUACGGCCAGAUCAAACAGGUCGUCGACUCGUUUGUGUCCCUUGGCCUGGACGAGGCCGAUCCAUCCAAGUCGACGCUCGACGUGUAUAGAUAUCACUUUGAGCGCCCCUUCUUGGCAGCAACAAAGGAAUUCUACCAGGCCGAGUCCAAACAAUUUGUCGCUGAGAACACUGUCGUUGAGUACAUGAAAAAGGCAGAGGCGCGACUGGCAGAGGAGGAAGAGCGCGUCAAUAUGUACCUUCACCAGGACAUUGCGCUUCCUCUCAAGAGAUGCUGUAACCAAGCUCUUAUUGCCGAUCAUUCCCUGUCUCUGAGGGAAGAGUUCCAGGUACUUCUAGACAACGAUCGUGAGGAAGACAUGGCUAGAAUGUACAAUCUGUUAUCUCGCAUCCCCGACGGCCUUGAUCCGCUGCGCACCAGAUUCGAAACCCAUGUCCGGAAAGCAGGGUUGGCCGCCGUCCAAAAAGUUCAAUCGUCUGAGGGUGACAAGCUGGAGCCCAAGGUCUACGUCGAUGCCUUGUUGGAGAUACACACCCAGUAUCAGGGCUUGGUGAAGAGGGCCUUUACCGAUGAACCCGAAUUCACGCGGUCUUUGGACAACGCCUGCCGCGAGUUUGUCAAUCGAAACGAGGUGUGCAAGUCUGGGUCUAACAAGUCACCCGAGCUGCUCGCCAAGUACACAGAUGUCCUCUUGCGCAAGAGCACCACAAGCAUCGAAGAGGCCGAUCUGGAGCGAACCCUGUCCCAGAUCAUGACCGUCUUCAAGUACAUCGAGGACAAGGACGUUUUCCAAAAGUUUUACUCCCGCAUGUUGGCCAGGAGAUUGGUGCACAGCAACUCGUCCUCGGACGAUGCUGAGACCAGCAUGAUUAGCAAGCUAAAGGAAGCCUGUGGGUUUGAAUACACCAACAAGCUUCAGCGCAUGUUCCAAGAUAUGCAGAUCUCAAAGGAUCUUAAUAAGGAGUUCCGAGAUCACUUAGAGACUGUCGGUAAUGCCAAGGCUGUUGAUUCUACAUUUUCUAUCUUGGGCACAGGUUUCUGGCCAUUGACACCACCAAGCACCCAUUUCGACCCGCCUCCGGAAAUUUCCGCCGAGAUUGAGCGAUUCGUCCGAUUCUACAAGCACAAGCAUGACGGCCGUAAGUUGACUUGGUUGUGGCACUUGUGCAAGGGUGAGAUCAAGGCCGGUUAUUGCAAGAACAGCAAGACGCCCUAUACUUUCCAGGUUUCAAUCUAUCAAAUGUCUAUUCUCCUCUUGUUCAACGAGAAGGACAGCUACUCCUACGAUGACAUCUCCAGCGCCACCCAGCUGAGCUCCGAGGUGCUCGACCAAGCCCUGGCCGUAAUUCUCAAGGCAAAGGUGCUGUUGAUGGAUGGCGGCGAUAAGCCCGGACCCGGCAAGACUUUCCGCCUCAACUACGACUUCAAGAGCAAGAAGAUCAGGGUGAACCUCAACCUUGGCGGCGUCAAGGAGGCGAAGCAGGAGGAAGUCGAGACGAACAAGACCAUCGAAGAGGACCGCAAGUUGGUAUUGCAGUCUGCAAUUGUUCGUAUUAUGAAGGCGCGAAAGAAGAUGAAGCACACGCAGCUUGUGAGCGAGACCAUUAACCAGAUCCGGUCUCGAUUUGUCCCCAAGGUCGGCGACAUUAAAAAGUGCAUAGAAAUUCUCCUUGACAAGGAGUAUCUGGAGCGUCUGGACGAUGAUGAAUUGGGCUACUUAGCAUAA